AUGUACCUCCACGUUAGCCUAGUCGCAAUCAAGUGUUACUUCUCUUCCAGAUCCUUCAAGAACCCUGAAAAGCACAAGACGGUUCAUACGGCACCGAACGGGAUUUCUUACAGCACAAGACGGCGCAUACAGCACCAGACGGGAUUUUUUACAGCACAAGACAGUUUAUACGACACCAUACGGGAUGCACAAGACGGUGUAUACGGCACCAGACAGGAUUUUUUACAGCACCAAACGGAUCGUUACCAAGAUCAAAUGGGAAUAACACCAACAUCGAACGUGAGCGCAAACGGAAACCAUACCGGUACCUCUAUACACAAACCCUUUCCACAAUACUGUAACAACAAGUGCUGCGAUGCCUUCUCCAGGACCGGAACAACCCUCAAGCGCCAAACCGAUUAUACCCGAUUCCAAGAAAUGCAACAGUGGCCACCCGGGGCAGCAGCCAUCCCGGCCAAAAUUGAUCGUGUUUACAACCUCCUUCAAAGCCGCCAAUGUAUGAUGCUUAUUGCUCGAGAAUAUACGAGGGUCCAGCAAGAAGAACUAUCAAAAAGGAUAGGCCUAGAAGAAUCGAGGACUCGUGCGAUUCGGAGGCUAACGUCUGAAGAGACAAAGGAGGACCUGGGCCCAGUGGAUGUCCACAAAUUUGCUGAUACAAUUACUGAAGCACUGAGAUGGCAAAGCCUUGUUUAUGCCGUUGGUGUUCCCGAAAUUUUUCUCAUUGACUAUGAUGAUGAGGACACAGACGUCUGGGGGGAUAUACCACUGCCUAAUAUCGAGUCACGAUUAGCGGACGCUACUAAAUUAUUAAGGCCAAUACAAGUGUUCAUUGCAAUUGAAGAUCACUACGUGCAUCAGUGGUACGGAAAAUUGUUAGACCUUCUAAAUUGGCAAAGAUGGGACAUGUACGACUUUAAAAAGCACGAUGGUUCUCUGGCAACAUUUACAAGCCACAUGACACAACUAAUUGAAAGUCUGGAGCGGCCUGUCGACGGUGACUUUUGGGAGGCUGAUUCACAUUCACAUACAUCUAUACUUACCCACGGUUCUGAUGCGUCUACUGACAUUGUAGCAUCCCAUAUUCGGUUGGCCGCUGGAUCACAUUCGAUACGCAACUGGUAUCUUUCUGCCUUGAUUUGA